AUGCUUGUUUUGCCGUUGUACGUCGCGCAAAUAACGAUAUCAAAUGAAGGCGAUGAGGUAAUACAAGUAGCAGUGAGAAACGACAACGGAAUAAGAACUGUGGCUGAUGACGGAAAAGCAAACGAAAAACGGUACAAAUGUGAAGUAUGCGGUAAGCAGUUCGGAUGUUCGGGAACUCUGAAACACCAUAAGGUGGUACAUACCGAUGAAAGAAAUUACACAUGUAAUGCAUGCUAUAAAGCGUUCAAAAGGUCCAACGAUCUGAAGAAGCACAAAUUGACGCAUGGAAAAGAGCGACCAUUCAAAUGUCAUGUGUGCAAUGAAACAUUCAGAAGGUCCGAUAAUUUGAAGAAACACGACUUAACGCACGGAAUCGUACGACCAUUCAAAUGUCACGUGUGCAAUGAAACAUUCAGAAGGUCCGAUAAUUUGAAGAAACACGACUUAACGCACGGAAUCGUACGACCAUUCAAAUGUCACGUGUGCAGUGAAACAUUCAGGAGAGAUUCACUUUUUGAAGAUCAUCCACAGCAUCCGUAA